GGGGCGCAGUCGCGAGCAGAACGAAGCAAUGGAUCGUCAGCCCUUUCCCGAAUAGCGAAGCAGCACUGCAGCAAAAGCUAUUUUUACAGAUCAAACUGUGUUGUUGGCGACAGUAAUCUGUAAAGCGAUUGAGAGCUGUAGUUCAGCAGAACUGCUUCAGUAAAAACACUUUUCCACAUUCGUGCAGCAUUAAUGGUAAUGCAUGCAACGAAUCCAUCCAGAGUCAAUGAUGGGUGUAAUGAUCGAAGAGAUCCUCAAGCCUGCCAGUCUGUCAAAAACCAUUCAAAGGCUCAUUCAGCAAAUGACCAUCGGCAUGAGAAGAUGCGAGACUCGUCAGACUCCACACCACCAACUAAAAUGCUGCGGCGAUCGGACAGUCCAGACAAAAAGCACAGUGACGGGACACACAGCCAAACUACAGCACUGCACAUUCAUCGGCCCCGAGAGAGGGAGAGCGGCAUCAGUUCUUCUCCUCAAGAAAACUCCCAUCAUGUCUCGAGCUCUCACCCUCAUCAGAACAGAACUUCAGAGAUCCCUCGUGAGCCAGCAGAUGACUGGUCAGAGCACAUCAGUUCCUCUGGGAAAAAGUACUAUUAUAACUGCAGGACAGAGGUCUCUCAGUGGGAGAAACCUAAAGAAUGGCAGGAGAGAGAACAGAGACCAAGAGAAGGUUCAAAGACUGUGGUUAACAGCUUUCCCAAAGACAGAGACUACAGACAAGAGGCAAUGCAGGCCAGUUCCACAAGUGCCCUCAGUAGUACAAAAUCAACUCUAGCGGAGAAGCCGAUAUCAAACUCCAGUUAUUCUCAGCCUUCUUCCAUAAACCCCUCCAUUACACCCAGCUCCUCUUCGUCCUCCACGGUGCCUGUGUCUCCUGCCUUGCAGGCUUCAGCCUCCACUCUGCUCCAGGACCCAGCACUCCUCCGACAGCUGCUGCCUGCACUGCAAGCCACCCUGCAGAUGAACCAUGCCAAUGCUGAUAUAAGCAAAAUCAAUGAAGUCCUCACAGCUGCUGUCACACAAGCUUCCUUGCAGUCUCUGCUUCAUAAACUUCUCACUGCUGGAACGUCAACUUUCAACAUCACUACUCUGCUUUCCCAAGCUGCUCAGUUGUCCACACAAGCUCAACAGUCCGGUCAGUCUCCCAUGUCACUGGCUUCAGAUGCCUCUUCACCGAGGUCGUAUCUGUCUCCUAGAGUCAGCACACCUCAGACCAAUGCUGUCUCUAAACCUUUGCACAGCUUUGCAACCCUCUUCUCUCAACCAAAGGUUACUGCAUCAAUUCAGAGAUCAGGAUCAACAUCCCAGCAGUCAACCAACUCUGACAAACAAUUCAGUGAUCCCCGUCUUCACAGGCAAAUCAGUCAAGAGAGUAUGUUGGGCUCUAAUAGCAGUGCGGGUAGCAGCAGCAGCAGCAUCAUCUCUACCCCAGUCAGCACCCCUCGAACCCAGAGCACUUUCACUCCUUCUCUAGUGUUGCACUUUGAUGAAAAUCUCAUCAGACAUGUUCAAGGCUGGCCUGCAGAACAUGUAGAGAAGCAGGUGUCACGGCUGUGUGAGGACAUCCACAACAUGGGAACCCUCUACAUGUCAGAGAUCUGCACUGAGCUGAAAAACCUUCGCUCACUAGUGAGAGUGUGUGAAAUCCAGGCCACAUUGAGAGAGCAAAGAAUUCUGUUUUUGAGACAGCAGAUCAAAGAACUUGACAAACUGAAGAAUCAGAAUUCCUUCAUGGUUUGAGAGAUCAUGAUGGAGCUCAUGGCACUCUCUUCAAAUUAGUCCAGCCACUGGCUCUCAGGACCCCUGCUCUGAGCCGAGCUCUCAGAACCGCAGUUGAACUAUUGGCUGUAGUGCCUGAAACAGGACUGAGAGAAGGGAAGCUGACAAACAUGCUUAUCAAGGCACAAUAAAGUCCUGAUAUCAUAAAUUAAUUUGAAUAUCCUUUGAUGUACAUCACUUCUCUAUUCUCCAAUCCACAUGUGAUGAGAUAUGUGCAGAGAAGCACUCUCCAACCAAGAGCAACCUUUGAGGAAUCACACUGUACAUUGGAUCUGGUGAUUCAUGUGGUGGUUCUUCAAGGUUUUGCUUAUGGAUCCUAAAGUUCACUGUCACACUGAAGGUUUAAUAUACCUCCGUCCCGCAGUGACUGACAGUGAUUUUGAAUAAUGUCAGAAGGGCUAUCAGUGUACAAGGACAUUUCCAAAUGUGGUGUUGUUAACAAAGUGACCAAUUGAAAUAAACUCAAUGUACUUCUGAGUAUUCAUUCUUAAACUUUAGGCAUAACAUGCUGAUUCUCAGCAGGAUUAUAUAGAACUUAUAAAUUAUCUUCCUUAAAUCGCAACAAGCUUGUUUCACUAAGAAAAACAAAAGCGGUGCUAAGGAUUUCUGAACUGAUGACAGGCACUUAAAAGCUUUUGCCGUUGUGGUACAUGCACAUUUUCCAAGAUAAUGACCCUGGUAAAAUGGUUUGGUCACUAUAUGCCUCUAUUGUCUCUGUUAUGUACAAUUAACACAUCUAACUUAGAUUACUUUCAUGCUGCACCCCAGCACUCUUGAUUAUUUUUGCAUUUUUGUAAUCAUAUAGAUUUGCUCAGCUGUACUUUAACUCAUAGAUUUGAGUUAAGCUAUUCCCUUAUUUCCCAAGUUUAGGAUGAUGCAGUGAAAAGAUUCUGUAUUUCAUUCAUGAGCUAAUGUUGCACAUCAAAAUUGCACCCUUCAAGUAUGGAAUAGGACCAUGGGCCUGUGCAAGCCGGCCAGCGGGGCAGAAUAGGGAGAACCAGAUCAUGUUUUUCUCGGCUUUCACAUAAAAUAUCAACAAGUUCUUUGAAAAUUCUGUAAGCAUUUACUCAAUUUGUCAGUUUGUGUGUGACAAGAAUGCAAAAAGGGGCAUCCUUUUAGAUGUUUGCAUUCAUAGUUUCUGAUCCACUAUCCUUUCUGUCUUCACUGCCCUCCAGUGAGCAGUUUGAGCUUAGACGAAUUAAAAUGCUUUCGACUGUGUAAAUGAAGAUCACUGUCAGACUAGUGAUGGUAUGUUGCUUUGUAAAUUAUGGUUUCUAAAAGUUACUGGAAAUAAACAUUUACCACAUUA